AUGCCUGUUCUUUCCAACCUGAAGCUUGCGGCCCUUGGCCUUCUCAUGGCACAUUUAUUUGGAGUGGUGAGAAGCGUGGAAUUACCGGCAACAGACGGUGUAACGGACGGUGUAACGGGCGGCGCAGGAGGUGGAGGGCUUGGUAGUAAGGUACCUCCAGUUGGUGGAAAAGGGGGCCUGGGAGAGACAGUUCAGGGUCUCGGUAUUGAUCAAAUUCUCAAUCUUGACCUAGACAAUCAAAAGAAACUCGUUGGUGUAGGAGGCCAGCAGGGUGAGGCAAAGAUCGACGUUCUGGCCGCAAGGCGUGCCCGAGAGAACGAUAGUACAGUUGAAGAGGAGAAGCAAAAGAUCAAGGAUAAUCAAAAGAAGGACAAGAAUACAAAGCAAAAGGCGGAAGAAGACCUGAUAGCAGGUCGCCUCAAUGUAUUCUAUGCAUAUGGCAUGCAGAGUGUCGGGCAGAAGGUUCGUCCCAAAUGGGUUCUGGUCUUCGAGAAUGCAUUCACUGCCCAUGCAUACUUCGGCCAGGUGAUGCAAGAUUAUCAGGAGUACUACAAAAAGAGCAGAGAGAACUCAAAGGAUCCACGUCCCCAUCCACAGAUCUUCAUUUUCCCCCAUGGUGUCGGGCCUGGAGAGUUGGAGGGAGUCAGUAAAUACAAGGACUACGCCAACAAGUUUUUUUUCAACCUGGUUGAUGAGAAGACCAUGCAGCUGCCUGUCAUUCCUGUGCAGGACAAGUAUGGUUAUGUCCUACAUGGCGCUAGUUAG